UAUAAAAAAAAAAAAAUGUAGCAGCAGAACUCUUUCAAGAAAGCCCAUAAAGAACACACAGCUAAGCAGGUACAGCUUAACAACCCCAAUUGAACUCUCAAAUCGGAAAAAAAAAAAAAAAAAGUCGUCAGACCCAAUGGCCAUGGCGACAUUGACCAUGGCGAAUCUAACGGCCAUGAUUGCACUACUGAUCGCCGCCGCUACAGCCGCAUCAAACGCUCCUGCUCCUGCUCCAGUCACCGGUUACACCAACCACACCGUGGGCGGGACCGUCGGGUGGUUCUUCAAUUCCACCACCAACACUUCCGCCACUAAUUACUCCGCUUGGGCCGCCACCCAGACCUUCAAUCUCGGAGACUAUCUCAUUUUCAUUUCGAUUUCGAACACGACGGUGAUCCAGACCUACAACGAAACCGUAUACCGGAACUGCACCAUGGACGAAUCCGAGGACGGUGAUACGUACCAGUACGACGGCGGCCAGAACCAGUUCGAGAAAUCGUUGACCGUGGCGGUGCCGUUGACCAUCGCGGGUCCCAACUACUACUUCUCCGACGCCGACGACGGUGCUCAAUGCCAGAGCGGCAUGGCCUUCGAGAUCCAAGUCAAUCACGGCCUCGGUUUGCCUCCAUACCUCAACCAGCCACCUCCGCCGCCGUACCUCGAGCCACCUGGUUCCGAUUCGGCUCAGUUUCCGCCGAUCACUUUACCCCAGUCGCCGGCGAACUCAGGCUUCAGAGCCGGCGCUAGUUUGACCGGCGUGUUGUGUGUUAGUUUUUUUAUUCUUUUUGAAUUGCUGUCUGUUUUUUGAAUUUAAAUUAUAGUAUUUUUUUUAAGGGUGGGGCCCGUUGGGGGUAGAGAUGGUAUUUUGAUUGUUGUUGUAGGGUAUUUUAGUAAUUGCAUCACAUAUGUCGGCCAGCUGGA